AUCAUACUAAAUACACACAUGUACUACAAGUACGUGUAUGUACAGAGUCGGGUCACAAAUUUUUCGUUAAAGUGCCAAAAGAAAAAAUUCGGGUAAUUAUUUAACAAUUAUAUUUUAGUCUACAUGGAGACUCAUCUAAAUAAUUGUAUUUUUUGUGAUAUUAUAAGUAACAAAGCUCCAAGCGAAAAGAUAUAUGAGGACGAUUACGUGACAUGUAUUAAAGAUAUUAAUCCAGCUUCAACUCAUCAUUAUUUAAUAUUGCCAAAUAAACAUAUAAACAAUGCAAAAGAACUAUGCUCAACAGAUGAUGAACUUUAUGAUAGAAUUCUUUCCACAGUAGACAUAAUAGCAGAACAACAAGGUUUAGAUCUUACAGUUACACGUACAGGAUUUCAUUGGCCACCAUUUAAUACAAUAUCUCACUUGCAUUUACAUGUUAUCUCUCCUAUAUGCAAUAUAAACUUUUUUAAAAAAUUUAUUUUUAAACCAAAUUCAUAUUGGUUUGUAAGCACGGAUUAUGUGAAGUCUUAUCUUAAAAAUCGGAAAUAAUUCUGUUAUAUUAGGCUGUCCUAUCAAGCUUAAGGCCAAGAUUAAUAACUGUGAUAUUUUUUUGUAGAAGAUUAUAUAAAUAUAACAUGUUAACUGUUCAU